AGUAGACGCAAAUAGUCUCACGUGGAGUGUAGUAGAGUAUGGUGAAGGAAAUAAACAGUUUAUACGAUCAUAUUUUGCGUAUUUUAUUAAAAAGACACACGUAAUUUUAAAAUGAAAGUUAAAAUCUUAAGUAGAAAUCCGGACACAUAUUUACGAGAAACUAAACGGGAUAUUCACAAACUUCCUAGAAAUUAUGAUCCCAUUCUACAUCCCUUCCAAGCUGCGCGAGAGUACACGCAGGCAUUGAACGCCGUUAAAUUGGAGAGAGUCUUUGCAAAACCGUUUGUUAAAAGUUUAGAUGGUCACAAGGAUUCAAUAAACUGCAUGUGUAAACAUCCUUCUGAGUUGUCUGCUCUUGUAAGUGGUUCCUAUGAUGGUGAAGUAAGAAUAUGGAAUCUUACUACGGGAGCGUGCGAACGUACAAUUCUAGCUCACGAUGGCAUUACUCGUGGCAUUAUUUAUGUGCCAAAUGGAGAACAGUUAAUUACUAUUGGAGAUGACAAAACAAUUAAGACAUGGAAUGCUGUUACUGCUAGUGAAAAUGAAGAACCCAUAAAUACCAUUGUCAGCAAAACCAUGUUGACUGGUAUAACACAUCAUCAGUUUAAUCCAAUAUUUGUUACCUGUGGGGAAGUGUGUCAUAUGUGGGAAGAGACUCGUAAUGAGCCAGUUCGUACAUUUAAAUGGGGUGUAGAUAGUUUGUACGAUGUAAAGUUCAAUCCUGUACAAUCAAAUCUUCUAGCUUCUUGUGCGAGCGAUCGCAGCAUAAUUUUGUACGAUACCAGAGACACAGGUCCCUUGAAAAGAAUAAUUAUGAAAUUAAGGAGCAACAAACUCUCUUGGAACCCGAUGGAAGCUGUGACUUUCACAUGCGCUAAUGAAGAUUACAAUUUGUACACCUACGACAUUCGAAAGUUGAAAACUCCAGUGAAUGUACAUGUGGAUCAUGUAGGGGCUGUAAUAGAUGUGGAUUACGCUCCGACAGGAAAGGAAUUUGUCUCGGGCAGUUAUGACAAAUCGAUUCGUAUCUUCGAGGUCAAUAAAGGCCAUUCGCGAGAAGUGUACCACACAAAACGCAUGCAGAGACUCACCUGCAUAGCCUGGUCGUUCGAUAACAAAUACAUAAUUAGCGGUAGUGACGAAAUGAAUCUUCGCGUGUGGAAGGCCAAAGCAUCGGAAAAGCUGGGUAUUUUGAGACCUAGGGAACGAAACGCUCGUCUUUACAAUGAAGCGCUGAAACAAAAGUUUGCGGCCAAUAAGGAAAUUCGUCGAAUUGCGCGCCACCGACAAGUGCCGAAACAUAUCUACAACGCGCGAAAUGAAUUACGAUCGAUCCGAGAGAAAGCGUUACGCAAGGAAGCCAAUAGGCGUUAUCAUUCCAAGAAGGGGGCCGUGCCGUACGUGGCGGAAAGACAAAAGCACGUUGUGUCUCAGGAGUAAAAGAAGAAAUUUCAUAUUAUAUAUAUAUACAUGUAUAUAUAUAUAUAUUUAUUGUAAUAAAUAAUUUCUCUUGUGACAUUAUACAACGCAUCACGAAUAAAUUCAUAAAACAUUACAAACCUCAAGCAGUGAAUAAUGUCAUGCGUAAGCGUACCUUACAACAGUUAAUAUGCUGCGUUUCUCGCGCGAUUACUUCAGCACGCAUUAGUCGGUUUCGUAAUACAAAUAUGUUUCUUCACUUUUUUCUCUGUCUUUGUCUCGGUAAUAUUUUAACUUCGUGUAAAUCCGAAAGAUCUAUUAAAAUUCUUGUGUACGAUCUGAUUGGUCGCAGGAUUAUUUAAGAAAUAUAAAACAUUUCUUAAAUUUUUAAUAUUUUCAUACGGUGAAAUUUUUUUCUCUUCGUGUAAGUUUUUGAAAAUAAUUCAUACGUGUCAUAGAUUCAAAAAGCUUCAACAAAAAAAUAUUCUUUUAUUAUUAUUAUUAUUAUUAUUAUAAUGACUUAGCAAUUCGCGUUAUUAAAGCGUUCGAUGGAGACACAUUGCAGAAAGUAGCAGAAAGUCGCAGAAGAAGAGAUUCAUAUUCGCACAAAUCUAUUAUACAUAUCAUACAUACGAUUUUGAUGCGCCAUAUGCAUCUUUCUGAGCUUUCUCCCGAUCCCAAUGUGUCAUUAGAUAUAUUAUAAAUCUGAAUACAAAUCUCAUCGUUCUUGAUGGAGUUACAUUUAUCUGUCUCUCGUCUAGAGGGGAUUGAAACUGUUAUCACUUCAGAGAAUGUAAAAUCCGAUGCUACGAAUACGGAAAAAAAAUAUAUCUCGCUGCCGCAUUUAUCUUUUUUUCGCAUCUAUAGCAUUAAAAUAUACGAUCGCUGUAGUUUUAAUCUCUUUUCUUUUCUGUAUAUGAAUCUUGAGCGGUUUUGAGCUUAAUAUACAAUUAAAAAUAUUACAUUGGCAGUUUUAUUUAUUUAUUUAUUUAUUUAUUUUUUCGAGUUCGAUGUAUUCAAUAAACGCUUGUGCGUAACAAAGAAACCGAUUAUUCACUCGAAAAAGUAUCUUCUCAGACGUAUAUAAAAAGUGCCGCGCGAUUCUUUUGGUCGCCAUAAAUGGUAUAAACAGUGAUAAGUAGAUGUUUGUUUGUUUGUUUGUUUUUUUAGUUUUUUUUUGUUUUUUUUUACGCGAAAUCGUAUGAUCUGCAUCAUCGCACAUAACUAUAUGCGCGAAAUUUCUGUACAAGACUAGGUAGUUGAGAAACUAAAUUAUUUUUUCGCUUACAUUAUUCCGCAUUUCGCCGAAUCUAAGUUUCGAAGAAGUUGUAUUUUCCUCUUGUUAUAUUUUUUCAUGGAUUUCAUGCCCUUUACGAAUCUUCUUUGACGCGUUUACUAAUUAAAUAUAUAUAUAUAUAUAUGUAGAAAUAUGGAGUACAAAUAAUUAAUAUAUAUAUAUUUAUAUAUAUAUAUACAUAUAAACACAUGUGUAUGUGUGUACAUUAAUACAAUGAUCUUCUUCAGGGACUAAAAAUGAAAAACAAUUUGCUCUCUUUACUGCCUGCUUACAAAACUUGCAUAUUUUUUAUUUACGUUUAUUUGUUUAAGAACAAGAGAGAAUUUGAUUUUAAAUAUCAUAAAAUUUUCUU